UACUUCACCAAGACGUCGGAGGUGGGAGCCCUAUACUGGACCCCGAAGACGCAGCGAAUAGACAGACAGGCGGUUCACUUGGAAAAGACAGAAGUCGGACACAACACAAACGUAGAAAACUAGAAAGCUAGAUGUAAUGCUUGGAAGUUCUGUGACCAGGCCAUCACAUCGGAAUCCUGCCAUUCUACAUUUUACGCGAGGAAAAGGAGAAGACAGCAGCUGUGACUUUGGAUGACCAUAAUGACAGACCGUUGUUUAACCCCUCGGUGUUGGAUGUGCUCUACUGACUCGGCUCUACUGACUCGGCUCUACUGACUCGGCUCUACUGACUCGGCUCUACUGACUCGGCUCUACUGACUCGGCUCUGUAAUUAUGGUGACCGGAAUACAAGCUCUACAUCUGGGUUGUGUGGAAUAGCCGGGAGUGACUGAGAGACACACAGACAUAGGCUGUCACUGUGUAGCGCUGGAGGCUGCUGGGUGGCUGUGUGUGGUGGGGAGUUCCUGAGAUCGCAGAGAAGAGAGAGGGGGACUAGCACUUACUCACGUAGAGGCACACACUCGCGCACACACACCUUCUCAGUGUAGCGCCGGGUGCAGCCGUGGUGCCAGCUAGCGUCUCAGGGAUUGUGCGUGCGGUUGUACAGUACAUCAGGAUGAUGGUGGUGUGGUUGCCGUGGGGAUGGGCAUGGAGGACUGUACUGCUGGUGACUGGACUGGCUUCACUGAGCCCGGGGACUAAUGGGGUGCAGCCCUGGGUGUGCCUUGGAGGGUGUAGGGGUACCCACUUGGCAGCCAGGCCCACACACUGGGGAGCCAGCCCCCCAGAUGACCCAGCAGCCAACGUGUUGGACACCAUGUUACUGAGGAACCCUGGGAGAGCCAGGUCAGACAGUAGGUGGGAGAACAGUGGGAGUACAGCCCCGGUUCCAACACAGAGGAUCCUCUGGUGUCACUGUUACCAUCACUGUCCUGAAGACUCUACCAACAAUACCUGCAGGACUGAUGGAUAUUGUUUCACCAUGGUGGAGGAUGAAGAGGGAAGUCUCCCUGUGCUGACCUCUGGGUGUCUGGGGCUGGUGGGUUCGGAGUUUCAGUGCAGGGACACAGGGAAUGCCCGUCAGAGGAGGGCUCUAGAGUGCUGUACAGACCAGGACUUCUGCAAUAAAGACCUGUAUCCUACUUUACCACCACCGAGGGCCCCUGAUUACGUGGACAGCAGUAUCCACCACAUGGCUCUCUUCAUCUCUGUCACAGUCUGCAGCAUCAUUCUGGCGCUCAUCAUCGUCUUCUGUUACUUCAGGUAUAAGCGUCAGGAGUCCCGGCCUCACUACAGUAUUGGUCUGGAGCAGGAUGAGACUUACAUUCCCCCUGGAGAGUCUCUGAAGGACCUAAUAGAACAGUCCCAGAGCUCUGGAUCAGGAUCAGGACUCCCCCUGCUGGUGCAGCGCACCAUAGCCAAGCAGAUUCAGAUGGUGAAGCAGAUAGGUAAGGGCCGCUACGGGGAGGUGUGGAUGGGUCGCUGGAGAGGCGAGAGAGUGGCUGUCAAAGUGUUCUUCACCACCGAGGAGGCCAGCUGGUUCAGAGAGACAGAGAUCUACCAAACUGUCCUCAUGAGACACGAGAACAUACUGGGCUUCAUAGCAGCGGACAUCAAGGGAACAGGCUCGUGGACCCAGCUCUACCUGAUCACAGACUACCAUGAGAGUGGAUCUCUGUACGACUACCUCAAGUCCACCACGCUAGACAUCAAGGCCAUGCUGCGGCUGGCCUACUCCUCAGUGUCAGGCCUCUGUCACCUCCACACAGAGAUCUUUGGCACCCAGGGCAAGCCGGCCAUCGCCCACAGAGACCUGAAGAGCAAGAACAUCCUGGUAAAGAAGAACGGGGCCUGCUGCAUCGCAGACCUGGGUCUUGCCGUCAAAUUCAUCAGUGACACCAACGAGGUGGACAUCCCUCCCAACACCAGGGUGGGCACAAAGCGCUAUAUGCCCCCAGAGGUGCUGGACGAGAGUCUGAACAGGAAACACUUUCAGUCCUACAUCAUGGCCGACAUGUACAGCUUCGGCCUCAUCCUCUGGGAGAUCGCCCGGCGCUGCGUAUCUGGAGGCAUGGUAGAGGAGUACCAGCUGCCCUACCAUGACCUGGUGUCCUCUGACCCCUCCUAUGAAGACAUGAGGGAGGUGGUGUGCAUCAAGAGACAGAGACCUUCCUUCGCCAACCGCUGGAGCAGUGAUGAGUGUCUCAGACAGAUGGGGAAGCUGAUGACGGAGUGCUGGGCCCACAACCCUGCAUCUCGCCUCACUGCUCUGAGAGUGAAGAAGACCCUGGCCAAGAUGUCUGAGUCUCAGGACAUCAAACUGUGACACGCUGCUGCUCCUCCUGCCGCCACCUAGAGACACUCAUCCCCUAGAGACAUGUCCUUGGCCUAGGGCCACUCUGCCAGGCCCACGGGAGGAGGGCAAGGCAGGAGAUAGAGAGAUUAAAAGAAUGAGAGAGAGAGGGAAAGAGCGAGUGAGAGGGAAAGAGUGGGUUUUCCCAGGUUCAGGGUCUGCUCUCUUCUUGCCCGUGCCACUGCCAAGACAGAGAGAGUCCCAGUGGGCAGUUUCUGUUCUGGGCCAGUCUGGUCUGAGCCGGUCUGGUCUGGUCUGGCAUUGCUUUCUGUGAAAGCGGAGUGGCUGUGUGAGUGAGGGGAGAACACAAGGACAGACAGUACCCUCUGCAGGAGAGGAGGAGUCACUCCGUCCCACGUGGCCAAGAGAGGGACGAGAAAGAGGAGUUCCUGCUCUGCCCAUCUAAAGCCAUAUAACAGUAUUGUUUUGUUUUCGCGGUAACAUUUUAAUUCAACGAGCCACAGUAACCCCUUCAAAACCCGUCAUAACAAUGUCACAAUGUUCAUGGAGCUUAAUGCCAUGUUAACGACAUUGUUAUCUAGGGUUAUGAUGGCUAGUUCAAAUAAAGACUUUGUUUUUUCCCCCGUUGUGCUGUAGCAACUGGCCCUAUUUGUUUAUCUUCAAACCCAAAGUUUUGCAACGGUAAAGAAAUCUCUGCAUACUGUUGGAAGGGAUGUCGAUCACUCAGUAAUUCUUGCAGCAUCACUGCCCUAGAAACCCAGGUAUUUGGUUCUAUUCGUACAGGAAAACACAUUGCUUCAAUAUUGACUUGGGGCCAUUUGGCUAUCCCAAAGAGUCAUUCUUAAUCCCCUGAAAUGUCUCUUUAUCAAGGGCUAACGAUAGGAGAAACGGAUCAUCGUUAUGUUAUGAUUCUGAUGAAGCUGAUGGUUAAUUAAAAAGCAUGGGAGUGAUGUUACUGGGCAAUUCCAUGGUAACAGAGCGAUGCUGAGAAUCAGAUUUUUUUACUUUCAAAUGUAAAUGUUUUUACAUGUCAAACAAAAACCGAUGAUUGCAAAGUUAAACAAACCAUACAACAAAAGGACACAUUUUAACAACUUCCACUUAAAAUGUAACAAAAACACAUUAACUUGAAGAACAGUGCAGAUGCUAAAUUUGGUAACAGAAUGACUGUGUGUUUCUUGUUUGACAUACAUUUUAAAGUGAAAACUCUUGAGUUACUUCACGUGGAAUUGCCCUAAUCAGGCUAGCUGAGUCAUGCCAAGAUGGACUCACUCAUGGUUGUCUUGCUACUAUAAUAUUCUCGUUUUCUCCCCCUCACAGAAUUUAAUUGUAAAUAACAAUGUUGCAAUGUAUUGAUAAUGAUGGACUUAAUAAUAAUGUUAAAUAUGUUUUGGUUGUUUGCCUUUGACUUGUGUACAGAAUAACUCGCUGAGUGUCCACUAUGGCGUGUGCCUUAUUUAAUCUGUAUAUAUGUGUAUAAGAGAGUGUGUGGACCAGGGGAACAUUCCCUAAUAAAAUGCUGUCAGUCCCCA